AUGUUUAUAAUUAUAAGCUUUUUAAUUAUGACAACAUAUUAAUUAGAAGAAUAUGAUUGUGGUUUAAAUGUUUAAACAUUAUGUGCUCCAGGAAUGAAAAUAAGAGAAAAGUAUUAACCAUAUUUUGGUUUUUGGAAUUUUGAUUUAGAUAAAUUAGUAGAUUAAGGUCCACAUAAUCACAUUACUAAUAUAAAUGAAUUAUCUAGAUCUUCUUCAAUGAUGGGAACUGGAGUAUAUUUUAAAAAAGAUUCUGAAUUUGAAGUGUAGUUUGUUCCAUCAUUUGAAGGUUCAUAAUGGACUAUCAGUUUUUAAAUAAUGUUUGAAGAAAUUGGAAGAAAAAUAAAAGAAGUAGGAAACAUUUUGACUUUAUUUGAUGAAAUAGAAGAUCAUUAAAAUUCAGUUUCUAUUGUAGUUGAUACAACAAUUCCAACAUUUGCUAUUUAAGAAAAUUAAUAAAAUAUUGCAUCAAAUAUGAGAUUGUAACCAUAACUAUGGUAUCAAUUAUUUCUAGUUCUAUCAGAUAAAGCAAUUAAGUUAUUUAUAAAUGGAAUUGAAUGUGCUAAAUUACAAUCAGGUAAAGCAAUAAGUUUUAAAAAACUCAAAAUUGGUUUAGAAAAUGAUUUACCAUCAUUCAAUUUAGAUACAUUAAAAUUAUUUAAUAGAAAGAUUGAAGAAUGGGAGAUUUUAGCAUCAUCUUAAAUAUUUCAAUUACAUGGAGAUUGGGUAUUAUUACAAUGUGAGAAUUGUUUAUUUGAAUAAGCCAAAUAAUGUCCAUUUAGUUAUCAUCUUUGUACAACUGUUGAACUCUAUUCUUUUGGUAUUAAUAUAGCUAAAAAUAUGGGAUGGGGUAUAUGGAAUAACACAAACAUUUGGAGUUCAGAAUCAAAUCCUAACAAAUUCAAAAAUAAAGAAGGACUUGCUUUAUGUUGCAAGGAUCUCGACUUUGUUUUGAUUUGA